UUAUGAAAUAAGCAGAGAUAUAAAAAGGGCCGGGAAAAGUGACCACCUGUCUUCAGCAAAAUGAAAGCUUUCAGGCAAUGCAUUUUCUUGGCACUUUUAUUUGGUUUGACUCUUGCUGAAAAUAAGCUGAAGGAAGUCCAAGCAAAAAGUGCAUGUGGUAAUAUACUGAAUGCUAACUAUAAAGCACUGCCGCUUACAGUCAAGGCAAAUGAAAAUUGUAUCUGGCAAAUACAGAGAGAUGGUAAUGCAACUGUGAAUGUGAAUGAAAAAAUCAGGCUCAUCUUCUCUUUCUAUGAAUUCAAUCCAUCAUCUACAUGUGACAGAGAAAAUAUUGAAGUAUAUGAUGGUCCUUCAACGGAUGCGCCUCUCUUGGGACGAGUGUGCAAAACUCACAUAUCUGUUCCCGUCUUCCACUCAUCUUCUGGCUCCUUAACAUUUCGCAUCUCAACAGACUCCACAGAAUUUGCACGGACCAUAUUUGCAUUUUAUUACUUCAUCUCACCAGAUUCACCUGAAAUUGAAAACUGCGGGGGUCUCCUUACUGGCCCAGCUGGAUCAUUCGUCAGCCCCAAUUACCCCAAGCCACAUCCAGAAUUUGCAUAUUGUGUAUGGCACAUACAAACAGAAGAAAAUUCCAAGAUAAAUUUAACUUUCAAUGACAUUUUUCUAGAACUAGAUGAUAAGUGCAGAUUUGAUUUCCUCGCCAUCUAUGAUGGUGCGACAACUGACUCUGGCUUAAUCAAACAAGUAUGUGGGCGCAAAUCUGCUGCAUUUCAGUCUUCUUCCAAUGUGAUGACCGUUGCAUUGUCUACCGACUAUGCCAAUUCAUACAAGGGCUUUUCUGCUCACUACACAAGUGAACCAAUACCAGUACCACCAACAGUAGAGCCCAACAAAUCCAUCAGUUGUUCUUCAGACAUGAUGACAGUUAUUCUCAGCAAAUCUUAUUUGGAUGCACUUGGCUAUGAUGAAAAUGACUUGACGCUAAAUGACCCAUCUUGCAGACCAGUUGCAUUAAACCCAGUGACGUUUUCUUUUCUACUCAACAGCUGCGGAACAGUUAAAACGGGAGAAAACCACACGAUCACUUACACCAACACUAUCACUGCUUCCCCAAAUGGCAAUGUGAUCACCCACCGCAAACAGGUUGACCUCAUUGUGAGGUGUAUAAUGGAAAACAACUCAACUGUAGAAGUCAUGUAUGAAACAGAAAAUGUAGAGAGUGUUGAUGACAGUGCUUUAGGUAGAUUCAAUCUCAGCAUGGCCUUCUACGAUUCCGAUUCUUUCUCCCAAAUGCUUGGUUCACCAUACUUCGUGGACUUGAACCAAACACUCUAUGCACAAGUCAGUCUGCAUUCCAGUGAUGCCAAUCUGUUAGUGUUUGUGGAUACCUGCACUGCAUCACCAAACCUUGAUUCUACAUCACCAAAAUAUGAAUUGGUCAAAAGUGGAUGCGCAGAAGACGACACUUACGUGGCUUAUCCGGUCCUUGAACAUUAUGGGAGAUUUCGGUUCAAUUCCUUCAGGUUCCUACGGUAUCAACCAUAUGUUUACCUCCACUGUGAAGUUUUUAUUUGUGACAGCAAGGCUCCUGAUUCUCGUUGCACUGAAGGUUGUCGCCCUCGACCUAAGAGAGAGCUUUCUUCCUACACAUGGAAAGGGGAGGCUGCAGUGGGACCUAUCCUCCUGAAGAGAGAUCUCGGCUCUAUGGAUCGCUCAGAUUCUUCUAUUCAAGUUCAUCCUGAGGAAAGCCAGAAUACACCAUCCAAGGGCCUGUAUACCCUUCCGUUUGUUGUGGUGGCUGCAAAUGCUGUCCUCCUGGCUGCUCUGGCAGCGAAGCAUUUAUUCACUCGAGAACCAGGAUACAGAUACCAGAAGUUGCAGAGCCCUUAACAGAGCACAUCCGUUCCCUGCUUCAGUCUGAACCCUAAGUUUAUGUAGACGCACUGGAAGAUUUGUGUUUUCAUCCAUCUUACCUUUAAAAUGUGAUGUAUGGAAAGGGGGGGAGAGGUUAAGUAUAGCCUAUAUACAAGCAUCACAGAGAUGCUGUCCACCACUGGGUUUAAGGAAAAUUAAACUUGUUUGGGAAGGAUAAAUGGGUGAGAAACUGCAAAAUAUACUUUUGACUAGGAUUUUAAGGUAAGUUAGCUCAAGGAAGUUUCCUAGAUUCUCCUCUCCUCUGCAUCCACCUGCACACCUCCACAAAGAGCCUGUUUGGGAGUCAGAAGGGGAUGAGGUGUUGGGGACUUCUGAGGGAGUGGGGGACAACUGCCCCAAAUCAGACAUUAAUCUUCAGCUAACUUGCCAUAAAGAAAUUUCAUUGCAUUAAAAUCUCAGGUUCCCUCAUCCUCCCAGCAACCACAUGUGCCCCAUCCCAUUUUGUUCAGAAGGGGGCUCUAGAGUGGCUUUUCAGUGGGGUGCAAGAGGCUAUAGGGGAGGAAGGAAUGGGAGAUAUUUUUCCUUCAGUUCUUAGGAUCCACACUUUCAACUUGGGCAUUUACGCAGGUGUAUAAGCACUCAAGCUUUCUGUUUCUACAGUACUUGGUUUUCUAAGCAGAAUGUGAAUUGAUGUGACAAAAACACACAAGAACCAAGCACUUUAUACUGUUAGAAAUUGUGUUGGUUCCCGUUGCAAGACCAGAGAAAUUCUUAUCGCCUUAUGUGCUAUUCGAAUUCUGGAACAGUGUGAUCAAACAUGUAUGGCAUAUUGCAGCAGCAGCCCAAGAAAUGAGUGAAUGAUGGAUAAGAAAUGAAACAGACCUUAGAAGAACCAUCUAGGAAUCGGGGUGGCAGACAAGCCAAGAUAAAACACCCACCCCUGCAUCGAACACAUCUGCACUUCUCCAAAAAUAAGGCUCUUCAUCUAUGUAAAUAAAUGAAUACAGGCAACCCCCAAUUUGCACAGGGGUUCUGUUCCAGGUCAUCGUGCAUGACAGCGAAGGACACGUAAACCUGCUCCACCCUGUUAUGCCCACGCUGCCCGUUCUGGUCCCUUCCAGGCCACUGCAAUGUGCGCAGGUGCAGUUGUGUGUCAAUUGGAAGUGUGUAAAUCGGUCAUUGCCUGAAAACAGAAUUGAUUUAAUUCUUGUCUCAGUAGGACAAAAGACACCACAGUUAAACCUGCAA